GCCAUAUAUUACAUGAUCCAGUCCAAUUUUCAACCAUCUAGACCUACUGGCGUAGUUUGUGUACGCACUCAAUUGAGGCUUGUCGCCUCUCCUCGGGCAAGCCUCAAUUGAGGUCUGUCGCCGUUCUCGGGUUAAGUAUACAGUGGUCAUAAAAUGCUGUGGCAGGUGGGAAAUGUGGACCAUUCUCUGAUCUACUCCACUCUUAACCCCAAUACCAUUUCCACUAAAAUCUGCCUUUUAUGAAGAGUAUAUAUGGUCAUACUACACUAGUCUACCAAGUUACAUGCUUAAAUGAUAACAAAAAAAUAUGUAAAACCUGAAUCCACAAAAGUUAUGCCAUCGCUUCUUUGGGAAAAAGGUACUUGGUUCCAGGUUUUUUAAAAACAAAUAGGAGAAGGAAAAUUAGCACUUUUUUAAACAAGGUGUUUAAUGGAGUGGAUGUGAAAUAAUUAUCCAGGAAUGUUGAGUGAGGCUCAUGGCCUCUGCUGCCACCAUCAUACAGAUGCUACUGCUUAUACACCCUUGGUGAAUUAUUGCGCAGAAAAAAUCUUGACAAGAAUAUCUUCAGUUGGUUCUGCAUAUUGCUUGUAUCUGUAUGAGUUUCUACAGACCAUAUAAACCAUGUGUUGUCUGUGAAAUGCAUUAGGAUAGAAAUGGAGUAGGCAAACUAGAAUGCCGAGUGAGAAAUAGGAAAUAGCUCAUCAACAUGGUGACAUUAGUUUCAGAAAUUUUCCCUUGUUUCUUGAUUUACCAUGUAAAAAAAAUGUAAGCAAGCUAUGAGAAAGGAAGAAGGCCUAAAUAUACAGUGAAAGCACAUAAACCAUAAUUAUACUGCUCGUGCAUCCAUAAGAGAAAUUUAGCAGUGGAACAAAUUAUGUACAACACUAGGGGCAGACACCCAUAACUGCCACUAUUUUUCUUUUCUCCUGUCACUUUGAUAAAUGAAACAAUUGUAUUCACUUUUCUUGUGCUUCUGCAUGUUAGAACAACAAAGUAGUAAUGUGGCUUGGCCUUACAAAACAUGCUCAUGUGGCACUUAAAGCUGUGUGUGUGUGUGCGGGACUGCUGGUCAGAUGGGGUUGUUACAGCAUGCAUUGUCCUCUUCCCUUGAAAACCAACAACAGCAGCUGUGAUUAUGUUUGCUAGCUGGCCACAGGGAAAGUCAUAUGCUCCGAGUCAAAAGAUAUGUGACAUCACAGCCUGUUACAAUGAGUUCAGCAUUCAGCACAAACAUUUUAAGCAUCCAAAUUAAUUUAUUUAAUUCAUAAUGUACUUUUAAGUAGGACGACUUAUGCUACAGUGAUGCUCAGUCUGUACCUUACCCACAGACAUAAAGCACUAACAUUUUGUGGUUGGAGGUAGCUAGUAUAUUGUCCCUGUGCAUCAUAGUGCUAUCAGGCUGUGUUUUUAUGUGUGGUUUUUGCUCCUUGCUGAAUCCUGUUUAUAUAAUGUUGGCCUCAGUUUCUGAAAGAGACAAUAGUAAUGGUGGAUUGCCAGAACACUCACACAGUGCUAAGAAAAAUGGAAUACAGAAUUUUAUAAAGAAACUGGUAGAUUUUGGUAUAAACUCUGUCUAGAUAGACCAGCUUAGAACAAAUUUUACUAUUUUCAAAAAAUUUUACUCCAAAUUUUGGAAAAUCACACACAAUUUAUGAACAUUUCUCAGCACUAGUUUUAUGCAAAGGGGGGAGAGCAUUGUACUGUCAUAAACUUUAGAGGCCAAGACAACAUUAUUAGUAUUAUCAUCAAGUAUUUUUACAUCCAGUAGUAUGAGGGAAGCUCAGCAAGAUAUGAGUAUUUUUCUUUCAACUUUUUAAGUGUGCAGUAAUUCUGAUUUUAGUGUAAUUCAACUCCAUGAAGUUAUAACUUGAAAAUCAAACCUCACAUGAAAAGCAUAGGAUACUGCCAAAAACUUGUAGGAUAAAAAGGGGUAAAAAUCAUAUGUUGCUUCCAAAAUGCAUGUGAUAUAGUUUAUAGUUAUAUACGUAAUAAAUAUAUAAAAAUGCCAGCUAUAUAUCCUCCAUCAUUCCAUGAGUGUCUCAUGUUUCUUCAGCAUAGCUUACUGUGACCAUUCUUGUUUUCAUUACUUUGUGUCAUCCUAUGCAUCUGCAUAGGACCCUGUGCUGGUCAGGAGGGCACCUUUUACACACUGUUUCCCUGUUGAUGGUUUAGGGUGAAGCUUGGGUGGGUAACUAGUGCUCCCAUGCACCAAAUGGAGGCAGAGGCAUACAAAGGGGGAUGGGGAACAAUUUUCCCCGGUCUCGGCCAUGGAAGUGAAUGAUGAGAUUUUCUUUGGAAUAUAUCUGAGUUGUUAUUAUUGCCAUUACAAGGGAGAAGGGAGGAACAUGCCAUUCCAACCCCCAGGCAGGACAGAGUGUGAUUAUACAACUAUUAGUACAUGUUCAGUCAGCAGACGAAGGCAUCAUGGCUGGCUGGAGGGACGCGGCCAGCGCUGCCUCGGGGGUGUGUAUGGUGACCCUGGCCCUGCUGGCGCUGGUGCCCGCCGCGGAGGGUGUCAAGGAGAGCCACACCAUGAAGUUCAACAACCUGAUGGGACCCACGCUCAGGUUCCUCUACUGUUAUUCGUGAGGUUACAAGAAGGUGUUUGAGCAGUAUGCCAACAUCUUGCAAGAAAAAUAUCCAGAAAUCUCCAUCUUGGGGGACAACUACCCUCCCCCUGACUGGAAGUUGUGGAUGGCACAGAUGCUUGGAGCUGCCAAACUCCUCUUCAUACUUAUGAUAAUUGCUGGCAUUAAUGCAUGGGAAUGGCUUGGCCAAGAGACCCCAUCAUGGUGGACUUGGUUCACAAACAACAAAAUUUAUGCCUGUAUGAUGGUCUUCUUUCUUUGUAAUGCUCUAGAGGGUCAGCUUGUAUCUACUGGUGCAUUUGAAAUAUCCUUCAAUGAUGUUCCAGUUUGGUCAAAGUUGGAGACAGGACGAAUACCUCAGCCACCUGAGCUCUUUCAGAUUAUUGAUAACCAUGUACGCUUCAAUCAAAACUCAAACACAUGGAGUGAAAGCAUCUAACCUUAAGCCCAAGUUUAGUCCACCUACAAUACCUGUGAUGUCUGACCAUUUGGGAGUAGCAGUUUUAUAAGAAGAUUCUCUAGGUGUCUUCACUGUAACCAUUCACCUACAUUGAAGAUAUUUUAAAAUAGUUCAGGUCAACAUAAAUUCCUGAUCAAGAUCUACAGUACAACAUGUGAAUAUAAAUUACAACUCUUGCAUGCUUUUAAUUUUCACUGUGAAUAUUUUUUAUUGUUAUGAAGGCCAUUGUUGAAAGCAUUUACAUGUGGACUUUGGCUGGAAGCUUAAUAAAAAACAUAAUACAGUGAACAAAACAGCAUAUAUGAGGUGUAAUCAAGAAAUGUUGAUUUUCCAAAAGUAAAAUUAUAGAUGUGACUGGAUCAGUGAUUCAACAUUGGGUAAUUGCCAUUAAUGUUAGGUGUUCAGUGAAA